CCAAAACUGACUCUUUUCACUGCCAUUGACUCUUCCACCACACUUGAUACCCGUCAGAAGAAUUCAAAAUGUCAAAGGGACGCGUCUGUCUUGCAUACUCUGGCGGCCUCGAUACCUCCACCAUCCUCAAAUGGCUCAUUGAGGAAGGAUACGAGGUCGUGUGCUUCCUGGCCAACGUUGGCCAGGACGAGCCAUGGGACGAGGUUGAGAAGAAGGCGCUCAAGAUCGGUGCACUGAAGAUGGUCAUCUUGGACCUGCAAAAGGAGUUCGUCGAAGAGCUCUGCUUCCGCGCUGUUCAGUGCAACGCUUCCUACGAGGGCCGAUACCUUCUCGGAACCUCGCUGGCUCGUCCAGUCAUCGCUCGCGCACAGAUCCGCGUCGCACAACAAGAAGGCUGCGGCUUCGUCUCGCACGGCUGCACAGGCAAAGGAAACGACCAGGUUCGUUUCGAGCUUGCCUUCUACACACUACAGCCCUCCAUCAAGGUCAUUGCACCAUGGAGGCUGCCAGAGUUCUGCGACCGCUUCAAGGGCAGGCAAGAUCUCCUUGACUAUGCUGAAAAGCACGGUAUUCCUGUCACAUCCACCAAGGCGAAGCCAUGGAGCAUGGACGCCAACCUGGCACACUGCAGUUACGAGGCUGGUAUCCUCGAGGACCCAGAUGUGUCUCCCCCAGACGACAUGUGGACCAUGACCGACUCACCUCUCAACGCACCCAACGAGCCCACUGACAUCACCGUAUACUUUGAGAAGGGUAUCCCCGUCAAGGUUGUAACACCAGAGAAGACCUACACAGACUCUGUUGAGCUCUUCGUUGCGCUCAACAAGCUCGGCUACACCCACGGCAUUGGCCGCAUCGACAUUGUCGAGAACCGCUUCAUCGGUCUCAAGUCCCGCGGCUGCUACGACUCACCAGCCAUGACGAUCCUCCGCCUCGCCCAUCUCGACCUCGAGGGUCUUGUCAUGGACGCACAGGUCCGCAACCUCCGCGACCAAUUCGUUUCCCACAACUGGAGCUACCAGCUCUACAACGGCAUGUACUUCUCGCCCGAGCGCGAGUUCAUCGAGAACAGUCUGCUCUUCUCCCAGCGCAGGGUCAACGGCGAGGUCAGGAUGAAGCUGUACAAGGGUAACGCGUACGUUCUUGGCCGUUCGAGCAAGACUGAGAAGCUUUACUCUGAGGAGGAGGCUUCCAUGGAUACCCUUGACAACUUUAGCCCAAUGGAUACGACUGGCUUCAUUGCUAUCCAGAGCAUCCGUUUGAAGAAGUACGGUCUCCAGAAGGCCGAGGAGGGAGCAAACAUGUCCCGUGCGUAGAUAUCAUGACUAAGUUGGAAAGGGUCACUGGAGAGGGGUGCAUGAUUGAUGGGAACGAGCGCUCGCCUGUAGUAACCACGCGAACAAAACAACGUGGCAUUACAUAGCUAGGAGCCAAAAAUAUUUACAUAAUGCCCAACAUG